UACCAAGCACAACAUGCUUUACCUUCAAUGAAAGCUGAGACGGGGGCACGGUUGGCUGCUGGACCCGAAGUCAGCUCAGAGCUCGUAUACAAAACCGGGAGCGUCGGUGUUUUAGCAGCGUAGUUCUCCUGCAUCUGCUUCUUGACACCUUCCGCCGUGCGCUUUGGGACUUUUAUCCUUUACUGACUGUAGCACGUUUAGACCUGCAACGCAGAGACAACUGGGACAACGCUGCUGUUUGCCGUGACUGGUGUCAGAGGUGAUGGUAUCAUUUCCCUACAGAGGACUAUUCCUCAGGUGAUGGUAUGUCUUUCCGGAGAUAGGGGACCACUCUUGGAAACGUGCUAGGUUUUCCACAACUGAUCCAUUUUCUGUCGCUACCUUCGCUCGGGCUCAAGCAUGGCUCUCUACUCUCGGUUUGUGGUCGUGCUGCUUUACGGAUGGAGUUAUCUGUGCGUUGGAUACUGCGCGAUGCUGAAGACCGAUAAUAUCCCCGAGAGACGAAGGGUGGAUUUUACGCACUCGGUGGAUAAAAAGCCCCCUGUAAAGGAAGACCAGGAUCUGCUUUUACGGGAUACAAUGACGGAACACAUGCAGAUGCUUUACGCGAAGUACAACCGGGCGGGAUUUCCCUUCAAGGACGGCAACACUGUCCGCAGUUUCAAGGCGCACUGGGGUACUAUAAACAAGAAGCAGCUGCAGAUUUUCAACCUCACCUCCCUCACCAAGUCAGAAGAUGUUCUGUCGGCCACUCUUCAUUAUUACAUCGGAGACCUUCAAAACACCACCCAGGGCUGCUCCAGAUCCAAAAGCUGUGGCCGCCAUGGCCCCCGGAGGCACAGCCACAUCCACAUGGUCAUCUGGAGUUUUGCCUCCGUGGAUAACAAGAUGAGGACUCUCGGACAUUUUCGGAUCAACGUGUCCACCUUCUACAGGGACUUCAUAUCUUGGCAGUGGAAGGACAUAACCCGUGUGGUCAACCAGGCCAAACACCACGACGAGCUGCUUAUCGGGAUCGAAGUGGCUUCGCAAGGGCCCCAGCCAUGGAAGGAGCUCCUGUCAGACCGCUCACCCUACAUCUUGGUCUACGCCAAUGACUCUGCCAUUUCAGAACCGGAGAGCGUGGUAGCCACCCUCCAGAGACACCAUUCAGUGGGAGGGCAGGGCUCCAUUUCACACGGCUUCCAUAAACUGGGACUGCGCGAGCGAAACAACACUGAACAAGAGAAGCCACAGCCCAGACAUAAGCGCUCGGUGAACGUUCUGCUCCCGUUGCAAAACAACGAGCUUCCUGGGCCCGAGUAUCCGUACGAGACUACCGGGUGGGAUGAGACGAGUCCAUACGAGCCUUUUGAAAACAAGCAGGCCCGUCGGCCACGUAAAAAGACGCGCAAGAAUCAGCGGCACAAGAUGCCCUUACUGCAGUUCGAUGAGCAGACAAUUAAAAAGGCGCGAAAGAAGCAGUGGAACGAGCCCAGGAACUGCGCGCGGAGGUACCUUAAAGUGGACUUUGCCGACAUUGGAUGGAGCGAAUGGAUUAUAUCCCCCAAGUCGUUUGACGCCUACUACUGCUCAGGGUCCUGCCAGUUCCCCAUGCCAAAGGCUCUGAAGCCCUCUAACCAUGCCACCAUCCAGAGCAUAGUGCGGGCAGUGGGUGUCGUCCCAGGCAUCCCUGAGCCGUGCUGCGUCCCAGAGAAGAUGUCUUCCCUCAGCAUCCUCUUCUUUGAUGAGGACAAGAACGUGGUGCUGAAAGUCUACCCCAACAUGACUGUAGAUUCCUGCGCCUGUAGAUAGUUUUUUUUUCUUUCCUUCAAAGCCUGUUCACAUAAAACUACAGAAAAGAAAAAAAAUCAACACACGCAGCCAAACAACACUCUCUCCUCCUGUUUCUUUAGUCAUACGCUCAUUCAUUUAAAAACACCCGUUGAACACAACUUCCCUUUUGCACUGGAGGAGAGGACUGGCUGCUGUUCCAGGUGAAGAGGAGUCUGGUCUGUUCAUGGGAAGGAAUGGAUCGCGCGAGUUAUCAUCGUGGACGACAACUGGGAUGGAAAGUCAGGUCUCCACGCUCCAAUGUCACCGCCGGCAACGCCGUUUGUCUUUGUCUUUAUCAUCGCUGCUCAGUUGGGCGAUAGCAGGGUGAACGCAAUCAUAAAACUCAUUAUCAAGAUAUACAAAUACCGAUUGAGGCGUAAGAGACAAAAACUGAAGGAAGAAUCACUUUUCAGGAAAAACGAUCUGUUUGAACUGAUACUUCUGAGGUUGUGUGCGGGGGGGGGGGGCAUUCUCAUCUUUCUCUUCUUCAUAGCUUGAAGUUGUCUUUGGUCAUUACCACAAAGUCACCUCUGCUCGCACUUGCAUGGUUUUUGUUACUAUGUGUAUGUAUUUAUGUCUGUACUAUCACUGUGUUAUUCACUAUACGAGAAGUUAUUGUAUAAUUAUUGGUUUGGCUGCUAUAGAGAGAUAUAUAAGGUUCCAAAGCCAGAAUUGUGUUGUAGACGGUAGAUAGCCUUACAUAUUUGUGUUUAGAUCACUGCCCCCUUGUUGUACAGAACCCACAUUUUAAGAGUUUAUUAUAUUUGGCAGAGUAAGCUACUUUUCAUUUGUGGUCUUCAUUUACAGUUGGAAAAGGGAGUUUUUUGAAGAGACCCACAGUACCGUUGCUUUGCCAGGAAAAUGUUUGAGCUUAAUGAGAUUUCAUUUUGAAAGGUAAAGGGAUAAAUCAUACUGUAUCAAAAUUGAGAAACUACUACACUGAACAACGUCUGUCACCGUGUGUUUAUUACAAGUGCAAAACCACAGGACUCUAAAAGCCACUUGACGCUUGUGUGGAAUUUCAAAACCCUUGUUGGACCUGAUAAGCUCAUGAAGAAAUCAGAUAAGUCAUGAGCCUUAUCAGGCACCGAGGAUUAAUAUUAGCGGUUUCAAGGAGCCUGAUAUCAGGCUGAACUUGUUUGUUUUUGGCAUUGGUAAAGUUCAGAACAUGUUGUCAUUGCAUAAUGUUUAAAAUUAUGCACCGUAUUUACAGCAUAGAACAACAUUUAUGAAGAAAAACUAUUAUGAACUCCAUGAAUGCUUCUAGAAAUUCGUUUUUAUCAACUAAGAUACCAAAAAAUCUCUAUCAAGUCAAUAUACAGUGCUGGUCUGGAAUUAGUUUUGUCUUACAUAUCACGAAAGCUCAUAAUUUUUGGUUUUAACGGUUUUCAUGGAAAAAUGCCUUGAUAUUUUUAAAAGUUGAGAUGGGUUAAAAAUCUUACUUUCACCUGGAUGUUACGCUCUCAAGCAUCUAAAAACCGUUAACCGUAGUUUACAGAAAUUGGUGUUGUGUAGUGGCAAAGACACCAUAGAAAAUGCUUCUGCUAAUAGAAAAUAAAUCUGAAAAUGGAGAGAAAACAGAAAUGAGCAUUGCAUUGUGCGCCAGAGUCCAUUAAAGUCAUUAAAAAUUGAGCUGCAGAGAUUUUAAAACUCAGUUU